AACGAAAUUAUUUGAUUGACAAAUAUUGUCAUUGACUAUUAUUAUAUUUUUGUUAUUUCCUUACAAACAAGUUUUCGAUAAUUAUUUAGCAAAAUGAGCGACGCGCAAUUUGGUGUGCGCCACGUAAUUGGAGCCCCGGUGGCCACGACGCGGCUAUCUGAGCAGGCGAUUGUCUGUGUACCCCCCAGGUCCGCCAAGUUCACUCUCGCAGAGUGGAAGCUCAACAACGACGCCAGAAACAGAAAUGCUGAAGACCAAGCCCAACUCGCCGACAGGGUCCUUAAAGAAUGUGAGAGAGUCCGCGACCAAACGAAAGAAAGCGCAAAACUCUUAAAAGAAACCUCAGAUCGGCGCAUAGAGGAACGAAUUGGUGAUGUCGAGUUCAAUAAAGGAGAAUUAAUGGUACAAAGAAAAGAGAUUUAUAAUGAGCUAGAAGCUUUAGGCAUGUAUAAGACCCGGCUACAAGACUGCUUAGCUUCCCUGCAAUCAAAUGCUCUUACGAUCUGUAGGAAAUGCCUUAUGUUGCGAGACGGCCGGUUAGGAAUCGAUUUGGCUGUCGAUAAUGUUGAAGAUGCGCUGCAAAAUGAAAUAACUACUAUCCUCGGGGGGCAAAGUCUUUUGAAACGGGCUCUAGAACAGUUGAACGAACAGAUGCGACGACUGCGUUCCGUUCGGUACCUACUCGAUCGCGAUUUGCAGUACAAGCAAGCUGCCAUCGAUUCCGAUAAAGGAUCACUCACGUUAAAACCGACUGAUUUAUGUCUGUCCGUUUACGAAGGCUACGCAAAUCUAGACCCCGCUGAUAUUUCAGCUGAAGAAUACAAUGCGUACUCCGCAAAGAAUAUACAACAGGCAGCACGAGAGGUGGCUUCCGCUCGCCCGAUACGCAUAUUCAUUGAUACUUUGCUCAAACAAGUUAUUGAUGAUUUAUGGACAUCCUAUAACAAAUGCAACCACGAAUUCAAUGAGCGUAUUAAAGAGACACAUAUUGCAAAAGGAAGGCUGGAGGAGAUGCAUCAUGAGACGGCGAAGAAGAUUUGUGACAUGCAGAAUAAUAUUUUAGAAUUGCAAAAGGCUUUAGCUGAAAAGGAAGGGUACAUAGGUCUGGCGCACACGAGACUUGGUAGGAGGUCUCAGAGAGUAGGCGCCGAAUUGGUAAAGGAUCCUCCAGGGCAGUCCCUGUACUACGAGUGUGAGAGCCUCCGUCACAGCGUGGAGCAGCUUCAGCAGAUGCUACAGGAAGCCACGGCCUCACUUCGAUAUUUGCUGCAGACACAAAUACAAUUGGAAGAAGAUAUCAACGUCAAGAUGAAUACUUUGAAGAUUGAUGAGGUGGACUGCAUGACUUUGAGAGCCACUAUGGACUAUCAUGCGUACUAAUUAUGCCAAUUGCAUGUUUUAUAUACAUUUAUUAUUUAUUUUUAUUAUAUUCAAAAUCGUAUUUUUUCAUAAAUUCGGAUUGAGUGUUAUUACGUAACAAUGUUUUUCUUUGAUAUGAAAAUUUUACUGAGACAUUUCUUCAAUGGCUCCAAAAUAGAUUUAGAAAUAAAAACACAUUUAUUUUUAGAAUGCUUUAUUAAGGCAAAUUCGUUACAAAACAUCUAUUACCUAUCAUUUUUGUACUUAAUGGAAAUUAUAAGUAUUUCCCCGAAUCUGAACGUAAUUUCCAUAUAUUUAUACGUGUGAGCUUUAUUCUGAAAUGUAGUUACUCCUACGUUACUCGUCAACUUGUGGAUAUGGAAUUGGAAAUAAGAACGACUUUGUUACUUAUUCUAAACAAGCGCUUGUAUAGAUUUUUUAUAGAAUCAUAUUUUGCUAUAUUUUUAAUAUAAAUUGGUGAAUUAUGGACAUUAUAUGUACUGUGUUAAAGCGCUAAUUAAAUAAUAAAAGUCCGUUUCAUUAUGAUUUUAUUUGAUUUAAACACUAGUGAAUCUGGAAUUACGAGUGCGAACAUGUCCUCGUUUUAUUAAGAAUAAAUAGAUAUAUAUCUACGAAAUGUGCAAGAAUCAUUAGAGUAGACACAUAAUUUAUUAGAUAUUUUACUAUUUAGAGGGACGAGGGACUUUUUUGGAUGAUUCACAAACAGCCAAACUAGAACGCAGAACUUGUUUGAAAUACUUUUUGUUAGUUAUAUUUGAUGUGCUUUUAAGUAUCUGUUUUACCUUCAAGUUCAUUAAGAUAUUCCUUUAAAUUAGACGGAUUCUACCCCGCUUGA